AUGCAUGAAAAUGCCUUUAAUCGGUAUGAUAUGCUUAAGGAGCUUGUUGUGCAUCGGUCAGAGUGGGCGUGGACGUAUCUCAGCUUAGGCAAUUUCACAGAGUCCAAGCGUUUGGGUUUAUUAGAAAAUGAUGUAUUGGUAUGGGCUGCUUCGCUAGCGCUUUCUGGCGAUUGCAGGCGUGCGAUGCUCAUCAUCGAAGCCUAUAUCGUGGCUACUUGCGAAGUCUUGUGUGAUCUUCUAAAAGAAAAAAAUUGGAAUAAUAUGAGCUCAGUGAGUGAAUUGAGCUUGCUCCAGAAACAUAAUAUCAGCAUGGCUAAAUGGUUAACGACACGCAAGUGGGGUGGGAAGCUCAACCAGGAGAAGACUAACGAUCGACCACCAGAAACCUCACCUUCACUUUCAAACUCGAAUCUCGGCGAUGGGGUACUGGAUCGGUCAAUUGAUAACAUCGCUCUUUUAAAGUAUCAGCGUGUGAUUGCGAUUGUGAUGCAGCUGGUGAGCUGGCGCGAUCUUCACCUUUGGUACGUCAUCGCCUUGACCCUCCUGAAUGAUGUCGAGGCGGAGCAGCCGUACUCGGCGCCUGUAAAUAAUAUUUGGUUCCGCUAUUUCUUUGCGUUCUCGUACAGCGAAGACGAGACUGUUCGCAGUGACUCCGAACCUCAGGACGGGUCUAAUGGUUUAGCAGGGAUAACGCAACAGAAGGCACUUGAAUUCCUUAUCUCGCAGUGUAGUGAAUGGGAGGUGUUUUUCACGUCUGCCAUCUCGGCGUUCCACAUGCUGCGUUAUCGUACCAGCAUAGAAUUUGCCUCACGUUUUUUAGAUAUUCUACCUCGGAACGGGAAGUCAAAAAAUAAAACGUACGAUUUAGUGGUACCAAUUCCCGAGGAGCGGUUCUACCGUAUUUCGAUGCUUGUGGUUCGUUGUCGAGCCUUACUUGAGCUGGGGCUCCGGGCUGAGGCUGCGGAGGAUAUUGUUGAACUGAUGAAGGAGGAAAUCGAAGGAAAAGGGACCCCUUCUGAGUAUAUAUCCAUGUUUGGUUGCGCGCUAGCUCUCUAUGGGAUGCCUCUGCGUGAUGCGGCGGAGCCGCUGGUUGGCUUCUUCUCGUCGGACCAAAGUAACCCCCUUGCAGCUCCCUUUCCAGCCCAGGUGCACGUUCUAUCCACUGCUUACUACGUACACGCCCUCACGCUACUUCAGCUAGGGCAGAUGGACCAGGCGGUCCUUGUAGCGAAGGUUGGGCUCAACCUCGCCGUGCCCUUCCACAUCAAGGAAGCCCUGAAGGAGGUAGUCCUGCGAGCCUCCGUCGCGCGCGAGGAUUCGACAACCAUUUUGGAAAUGUCGAUCACAGCGCCGCAUCAGCUCGUCUAUCUCUCGCUCUGCCCUACUUUUUUCGGUGGGUUAUCGCCACACGGGGUCCAUGCGAGGCGCAACACACCGGCCUUUCGCUUACUCUACCCCACCAAACUCCCGCUCUACACCAGCGCUCGUCAGCUGCUGCCGUUUUAUAUGAAUCGUGCGUUUUGUUUGUUUCAUCAUCACUGCUUUGCUGAGGCGUGGAAUGCGGUGUGCUGUGCGGUCGAAAUCGCGGAUGAGAUUGCGGGGUCAACUGAGUUUGUUUUCACACAUUGCUUCCCACUUUAUGUAUACUACUACGCGUGCAAAAUUGGUUUCACCGCAUUAGAAUACGUCCUACAGAAGGAUAUCCGAAAAUGCCUCGUGGGUGAGAACAACCGACUCACUUCAAAUUUUCCAUCCUUUGUUGGCAUGAAUAGUUUCCUUUCACGAAGGGAACGAGGUGGGGCCUCCUUCACGGCUUCAGAGGGAACUAUCCCAGAAAGUUUGACAAAUGAUGCUGAUGGUAAAUCCAGUAUCGAGAUUAUUGACUUCUGUCGCUAUUGUGUGAAGCAAAUGCAUGCUCACUACCCCCAUUCUGUCCUGGGCGACGUUGCAGCCGCACAGGUGGCUGUUAUGAGCUACGAGCCCGACUCCGUUAUGCGGGCCGUAUUGCUAUCACGCCGCUAUCCUAAGGUAAUCCUCGCUCAAACCACUUGGGCCCUUGCUCUCUUCUUUGACAAUAAUAUCUCCAAUGCGAUGGACGCUUCACGAAAAAACUUUCAAGAUUUUCCACACUCAAAGGAGGUUGUGAGCACCCAGAAAUGGAUGGGACUCAAAGGAAUAACCUACACCUUUUACUAUCGCACCCUUUUGCCAAUGGAAUACGGCCCUGGCUCAAAGAACCAGCGCUUUACGAAACGAUUUCUCGUAAGUAUUGCGUUGGUUGCCAUAAAUUGGCUUGUAUACUUGUACAUGCUGAUCGUCAACUUAACGUCCUACAGGCCUUUGAACCUUUCCGAAACCCUUGGGGCGGCACUCACGACACCGGCCACAUGGACGUUUAUUUUCCCCCCAAUAUUUCUUGUCUAUGGCUUGCUAAUGACUUUCUCUUCGAAGAACCUUAUUCAAUCACUGCUUGAAGAGCUUCAUUUUUGUGGGGGGAGACUUAACCGCUUUAUCUUUGUGAUGCGCAGUGUUGUUUUGUUUAAUGCGGCGAACAUGCUGCAGAUUAUUUUUUCUAAUCAAUGGAAGUUGCCUAACAGUUUCCUCCUCACAACCCUUUUGGUUAUACUUAUGAUCGUAUUAACGAUGCCUUUUACUACUCGAAUAUGGUUUCUGCCCUCCGUUGAUGAGCCACAGGUUGAGAUCUUGCGAUGGGUAUCGCUUCUGGUAACGGAUGUUGUAAUCUACGCUUUCGUCAUCAUUCCUCAUGUUAUUCUUGCGGCGUUUGAGCCCCUCAUGGCGCUCGCGUUUUUUUUCUUGGUCCCUAAAGAGCAACUGGGUAUCCACACCGAUACAGCGAGCAUCCGGCGAAGGUUGUUGUAUCAUGAAAAAAACCGCUAUACCCUUCCACCGCCCGGUGGUGUGGGUGGCGGCAGUUCGUUUAUAUACAUCAAGCUCAUGAAGCUUAUCUACUACGAAACUCACAUCGAGUUGACCUCCAGGUAUUUAGAGAAGUCGCAGAUCGAGUCGGAAGGGUAUCGAGUCUUCCCCCUCCUCGACGAGACCCUCGCGUUGAGCAUCCCGGUCAACCACUCCUGGAUCGACUUCAACGUCAUACAGUUGUUCCUGUGCAAAGAACGACGCACCAGUUGCCCUAUCGCCAUGAACCCACUAAACUGGACGGAUCCGACUUCCUCAAAGGUUUCGUUGGAUUCAUCGAAACCGUCGAGCCCGGUUAUGGAGGCUUUGGUCUCCCCGUCCAUGCGAUCCGCGGCGCAGGCCUUCGCGAAACCCUACCUGCCAUUGGAGGGCGGGGCCGCCUCGAUGAAUGUCGUCGUCCUCCCCAUGGCGAGGCUGAUCGAUAAGAUCUUUUGCAUGCAGGCCGCGGCGUGCAUGGGGAGCACCAUCGACUCCGAGGCCCUGCGCUCCUUCAGCAAUUGGCAUCAAAAAGUGGAGCUACCUGAGGCCUAUGCGAGUUACGAGCUCAAUGCCUCCAACCCGCCCACCCUUCGCCGCGUGGAUUCCUUUGCGUUGCACAACGAGAGUUGGACGUACUCGUCUACCCCGCAGGGGACGCACACGACGGAGACGGGAUCGCCUGGGAUCUCUGAGACCUCGAAGGAGCGUCGCUUAGCGCGGUUUCUUCGUCCAGUGCGGCGACAGCGAACCCGCCCGGGUGUUUCGCUUGAGGUGGACUUUUCCUUACCGAUCCCCGAUUUCACACCGGCCGAUGAAAAUGAGAGCAGUGAUGAAUCAACACAGCCUUUACGACGGAGGCGCCUCCCAAACACGCGUCCGAUGGCGGCGCCCACGAGGCUAGAAUACCCAUGCCCCAAGUCGGUGAAACCGUCGACGCAGAGGCUCCCGUUCCGCCAUUCUAAGAUGAAGUUUAACGAUUCCGAAGAGGAAGGUGGGUAG